AUGUCUGGUUACGGAGAAGCAUCUAGCUAUCAGGGCGGUGAAGCCGCUAGCUACCAAGGUGGUGGUCAAGCUGAUCCCUAUGGUACCCGUGGCAAUGCCCACUCCAGUGUGACUCAAUACGCUACCCAACACGCUGAUAAUGAAGAAGACCAUGGUUUGUUUUCCUCUGUCAUUUCCAACCUUAUGGACAAGGAUGAUCACUUGGAUACCAACGAUGAGGAAAUGGAACAUGCAAAGAACUCGCGUCAACGUAUCUAUCAAGAUGGCGAACAAAACACCUCUCCUCGUGAUAUCGGUUCUGCUGCUGCUGCAGAGGCUAUGGAAAAGCAACGCUCAAGCGGUGGUGGUGGUGGUAUGAACGAAUUGCUUGGUAUGGCUAUGGCUGAAGCUGCCAAGCUUUUCGCAAAGCAAGGUGGUGGAAGUGGUGGUAGUUCGGCUGGCAAGUCUGAAGCCAUCCAACAAGCUGCCAUGAUGGCCAUGAAGAUGUAUGCAUCCAAGCAAGGUGGUGGUAGCAGUGGCGGUAGCAGUGGUGGUCUUGGCACUGUCAUGAGCAUGUUGGCUUCUGCUCAAGGUGGCAGCAGUGGUGGUGGCAGUGGUGGCCUUGGUGGUAUGGUGAGCUCCGUUUUGGGCGGCGGCGGAGGCCACGAACAAAAGCACUCUUCCGGUGGCGGCGAUAUCGCAUCAAAGAUCAUUGGCAAGCUCUUUUAA